CCCUCCCUGAGGAAGCGCCUCCUGCUGCUGCCGCCACGGCCUCCACAAGAAUCGCCCUCUGAGACCAUGGUGGAGAAGGGGUCAGGGAACAGCUCGGAGCGGACCCCUCAACCAGGGCCUCCACCUAGCACCCCCGUCAACUAUCCACUCAGUGGGCGCAGCUUCAUCCGCAACAACAAGAAAAUGCAGAGCUGGUACAGUAUGCUGAGCCCCACUUACAAGCAACGCAACGAAGACUUCCGCAGGAUCUUCAAAGGGAUUCCGGAAACCGAACGACUCCUUGUAGAUUACUCCUGCGCGCUGCAGCGUGAUAUCUUACUUCAGGGGCUCCACCACCCUGUCGGGGAGGGAACUGGAUCUAUCUCCAUCCAGCUGAAGGACGUGAAAUACAUCAAAAAGGAGAAGACGGCAAAGCUGAUUCCCAACGCCAUUCAAAUUUGCAUGGAGAAUGAAAAGCAUUUCUUCACGUCGUUCGGGGCCCGCGACCGCUCCUUCAUGCUGAUCUUCCGCCUCUGGCAAAACGCCCUUCUAGAAAAGACGCUGUCGCCCCGAGAGCUUUGGCACAUUGUUCACCAAUGCUACGGUUCCGAGCUUGGCCUCACCAGUGAAGACGAUGACUACGUCUCUCCCAUCGAUGAAAUCAAUGGCUUAGGCUUAGGAAGCUCCAAAGAGAUUGGAGACAUCAUAGACCUCAGCGAUUUGACUUCUCGCUGCAGUACGGACCUCAAGCUGGAUGCCAGUCCCCUAUUGGACAAACGGGACGCCAGUCAGAGCGUCAAUUCACUGGCCAGCAGUAGCGACGGGACCACCUCGCUGGCAGAGGACCCAGAAGAAAACACGGACAGCCAGGUAGAUGCCUCGUCUAGCCACACAGUGACCUCAACGACGGAACCCCUCCCAGAAGAUGUCCCGCAAGGACCACCGGUGGCCCCCCUGGAGGGAGAGCCAGUUCCCAGUGAGGAACUCCCUACCGACAUGAGCAAUUCCUCUUCUUCCACACAAGACGAAGCUGAAGUAGACGCCUUCUUCUCAGACCUGCCUGGGCGGCUUCUCAUUAACGCCGUUUACCACAUGGGAGCAGAGAGACUCCAGCAGAUGCUUUUCAGCGAUUCCCAGUUUGUUCAUGGCUUUUUUGACCAGCGCAAGUUCACAGAUGUGACGCUGACGUCGUGGAACGGCGACAACAAGUGCCAUCAAAGCCGCGUCAUGUCCUACACCAUCCCCAUCAGCAACCCACUGGGACCCAAGGCUGCCACCGUGGUGGAGACCCAGACGCUGUUCCGGGCCAGUUCCAAAAAUGGGAGUUGCGUGGUUGACUCUGAAGUGGUCACCCAUGGUAUCCCCUACCAGGACUACUUCUACACGGUGCAUCGGUACUGCAUCACUGCAGUGGCCAAGAGCAAGGCCCGACUCAGAGUCUCUUCUGAAAUCCGGUAUCGGAAACAGCCUUGGAACCUAGUGAAAGCACUCAUUGAAAAAAAUGCUUGGAGUGGGGUCGAAGAAUACUUCCAGCACUUGGAGCUGGCCCUGGUCCAAGCCGAGAAGGCCCUGCUAGAAGAGAGCUGCCACGGCAAAGAGCCUCGGGGCCUCUUGUCUGGAUUGCGCCGCCGAAAACGCGCUCUGAGCUGGAGGACCCCCCACGUUGAGCCCGCCAUCCCCACGUUACCCGACGGCGAGGGGACGUCCCACGGCAUUCAUCCUUCAGGCAGCCUUACCUCGAGGCUCUCCGAGCAGCUGUCGGAACAAGGACAGGGCCAGAGCGUCUCCACCGUCAUCCUCAUCAUCAGCCUGGUGUAAGGAUGCUGCUGGGUUGGACUGGACGAUUGGGGGGGUGAGGGCGGGCAGCAU